AUGUAUAUAUUUAAUACAAAGACAAGUCGAUGUUCUUUAUGUUAUGCACUUUUAUCUACAAGUACAAAUACAACAAGUUCUACAAUUGGUUAUUCAACAUCAAAUAGACGAUAUGCUAGUCGUUGUUCGAUAUCUUCAAUUGAUCGAUUAAUUUCAUCUUCAAUUAAAUUUCAACGUUUAUGGCGUAAAAAUGAGAAUGGUAUUAUUAAUAAUCGUUCAAUUUGUUUUCGAUGUUGUGAUACAAUACGACAAAUUGAACAAAUUCAAAAUGAUAUUGAACAACUUAAUAAUGAUAAACAAAUACUUAUGAAUAAAAUAAAACAUAAUCUAUCUAAACGUGCACAUAUUUUACAAGGCCAACAACAACGAACAAAUAUUUUUCUUAUUAAUCAUCAACCAAGUCCUUUAUAUGAAGAUGAUGAUACAGAAGAAGGUGAAGAGAAACCUCGAACAGUAAUAGCAACUAAUGGACAUGAACAUUCAUCACUUUUAACAACACCGACAACGACAUUAGUUGGUGCUAAACGACGUAAAUGUAAUAUAGCACAUAAAAUAAAUCUUGAAAAUAAACCUAUCGAAUCAUCAUUUUCAUCGUUCAAUCAUUCAAAACAAUCGAGUUCUCCAAUAGCUCAACAAACAACUAAAUUUUCUUCUCCUAAUCUUAUCUCAGACUCACAUUCAUCAAAACAUCAUCGAUCAAGUUUAUUUUCAUCUGGUAUUAAUGGUCAUGAUUUAGCAAAUUUAUCAUUUGGCUCUCCAUAUAAACCUCUAACUUUAACAAAUACAUCAUCAGCAACAACACCACCAUAUCUUGAUCCAACAACAGGAGCAUUAAUUGCCAUUGUUUCAAAUCCACAUCAUGCUGCAUUACUUGCUCAACAGCAUCAACAAAUUCUUAAAUCAUCAUCAAUAUCUCCAUCAUCAACAGAUACAAUUGAUGAACAUGAAAUAAUUCCUAUUAAACAAAAUCAACAUCCUAAAAAGUUUCCAUGUCUUUUAUGUGGACGUGAUUUCUCAAAUAAGUCAAAUUUAAAUCGUCAUCAUAGUAUUGUUCAUGUUGCUAUAAGAAAUUUUGAAUGUGUACGUUGUCCAAAAAAAUUUAAAUUACGACAAGGUCUUAAAACACAUAUGCAACGAUGUCAUGGUGUUAAUACAGACGAACCAACAUUUGUUUUACAAAAACAUCGUUUACAUAAUCAUAAUCACAAUCAUCAUCCCUCUUCAUCAUCAUCAUUUAUUGCUCAAACGAAUAAAUAG